AUGAAGAUAGAUUCUCAGAAUUACUCUGCAUACAAUGGAGAGUUGCCUCCGUUGUGUGCAAAUCUGAUUGAGACGAUCAAAGAAGCUUCCACGGUGGACCACUUCAUCGCAGAGCUAAAUCGAACCAGAAAUCUUCAAGCGAUACUAGGAAAGACUGAGUUGUCACGCUGGGCAGAAAUAUUGAAUCGAUGUGACGAAAUCUUGGAAGAUGUACUUAUCUGGUCUAACUUCUGUUCCAGCUGUGUUGACAAGUCUGCAGUGAUGAAAUACAACACGAUUUCGAUUCUUAGGUUUACUGGGCUUCUUUUCGACUGCACAUCUACUCGAAGGAUAUACGCUAGCACUGAUAGAAUUAUUCGACUGACGGAGUGUACGGAUAUGGAUCUCGUUGGCGAAGUCCUUAGACUAUUGCAGACUAUUAGUAAACGUUCCAAGUUUCUUACUCAAAGGCUUUGUCCGGAGGACCAAUCAUCUCUUGUUAUGAGUUUGACAGCAAUGGCGCAAUGUUGGGGAGGAAAAUUACGAAAUCUGAAAAUGGAUGACUGUGUCCGUGCUGACAUAAAGCUGCCAUCAUUGUUUCCGUUCACUUUCACUGACAGUAAAGCCAAGCAUUCUAUGGUUUUCGAGCGUCAUAUGGUGUGUAAUGAAUGGUUACAGCUAUUUCAUUGUGUAUUUAGAAUAGUAGACGAGUUUGCAGUAGGAAUGACUUCCGAGGACAGAUACAGUUUAUUGGCCAGGAUACGAAUGUUGCGCAAUUUUGAAAAGCGUGAACACAGAAUGCAGUGCCUGAUUGUGCGCUUGCUCUCUAUUUCUACGCUAAUUUACUGUCGUUGUCAACCAGACGAUGUCCAAAUAAAUGCUCUAUUGUAUAGCGGAUUUAUUGAAGAAACCGUAGCUCUGUUGAAAGUUGAUUUAAAUUCACACGAACUAAUGGAUCCUAUUCAAACUGAAGCCCUCCGCUUGCUUUGCAGUGUAGUAUCUUUGGAGAAGGCUAGCAGGACCUCUCAGAUUUUGGACGUAUUAAGUGCAGGAUCAUAUCACGGCUUUUUAGCUAUCUUCACAAGAAAUAUUGUCGAUGAUAUGAAACGGAAUAUGUUGAAUACUCCAGGAAAGCCUAGUGUUGCUUUGAGCACUGCUUUGCUUUCGUUCAUAUAUCAUCUUAGUAAGGCAGACCCUGGUGGCGAAACACUAGCUGCUUGUGGGCUAACCCAAACACUACUAAGUGUGAUUGCCCAUCACGAUCUUCCUCUCGACCAAGCAACUUUGGCAACGCGUUGUACUCGAAUAACGGAUAAUUUCACCACAAUUGAUGUCACUGGUUUCAACAACUGCAAAGGAAUGGACAUCUGUAUUGAUCGACUAAUUGUAUGUCCAACUUUACUGGAACUUCCUUGUUAUGAAGUGGAUGAGUGUCGCAAAGAACAACCGUUCGUCAUAGAUACUUCUGGUGAUGUAGAUGAUGACAGCGUCGGGAAUGUCUUUGUUAGAGCCACUUUAGUGGGGAAGACCUGCCAUCCACAACGGUCUGGUCUUAUUAAGGCACUAAUCACAUUUAUUAAGCGUGCGAUCCAGGAUAACCAGUUUCAAGACAGUGUUCGGCACAUAAUGGAGGGUCAUUUACCGGAUGCGUUAAUGCAUAUAAUCAGCAACUCAGAAUAUUACUCUGCAUCUUUGUAUCAUCACGCAACACAGCUGGUGGUGAACUUCAUCUACCAGGAACCGUCACAGCUCAGUGUUCUCCAGAAUAGACAUGUGCCAUAUGUCAUUUUGCAGAGUAUGCUGCGAAAAGAGCUGCCAAAUUCGCGUGAUGUCAUCAGCCAUAUGGGAAACGUAUUUACUGCGCUCUGUCUAAAUGAAAAAGGUUUGAAGCAGUUCAAAGCCUAUGCACCAUUCGAUCAUGUCUUUAAAAUUGUUUUGAGUAUCAAGUUUAUUGUGACCAUGAAAAAGAAACGGAGCGAAAUGAAUGAUGCUGCGCAGGGAAUUGGUAGCUCCCUGGAUGAUUUGUUGCGACACCAACCAACACUCAAGCCGUUAAUGCUCAAUUCUGUUCUGGUGGUGUGUUUAAUCUAUUUCGAUUGUUUGUGUUUAGAUACCUUACCACAGUUCUGCUUAAGAUGUUGGACCGAUUGUAAAUUAUUCACUAGUAUUUCCAUCAAUGUCUUCUUGAGGGUUGAAAACGUUUUUAGCAAUAGUUUAUCCGAGUCAACUAAUGUAAUGUCUGUCGCUGUUGAUCCGCCUGCCACCGCAACACGUGAACCAGCAUGGGCUUUGGCCGGUGUGACCCAAAAUGAGAACGACUUUUGGCACCGUCAUAAGAACGUUGCUGAUAUGGUGAUAAAGGCUAACAAUCAACUUUCUCGAUCGUGUUUUGUGCCCACUAGACGUAACAGGCGGUACGAUUUCUCUUCCUCUACAAUGAGCAAACUUCCCGAGGGAGCGCCUACGCCGCCUAUGGAGUUCGGUCGCCUUCAAGAGGUGAUCGUGCAGAUGUCAGUGACUCUUUUCGAUGACCGUCGCCAACCGUUUCAUGCUAUGCUGCAACGAUUUUAUACUUCUGGAUGUCAUAAUGCUUUCUGCGAUUUAAUGAUUGAAAAGCUCGCCCCUGCACUCGCAAACGACUACAACGGUGUUUCUUUAUCUAUUCCAUUUUUAUCCAUUAAAGUCGUCUUAGAUUGGUUGGAACUUGUGUUUCUGGAGUGGUUCCGUCUUGCGAGUAAACUGGCGAACAAGCAGAAUAUGAUUCACACUAUGUAUCGUCAACCGCAACCAUUAACAACAGAUUUGUCUAUCUCACGUGCUUGUAUCGAGUUAAUGCCCUUAUGCAAGCGACUGAUGGAACUUGGGUCAGAUCUCGUCUUCUCAUGCGCCGAUCUUGUUUCGGGUAUGGUCAGCACAUUAGACGAAGAAUGGCGUCGUCAUGAGCUUAUAGCUCAGAUCAUGAUAGAAGAGAUUAUUAACAUGGCGCGAGCUGCGAUGAGUGGGCCGUCAGAGCAUACUGUUCGGGUACUUGCCACACGGAUUCACUUUGCAUGUUUGUUGUUCGACCACGUUGCCGACGAAUAUCUGGAGGCAUGCGCUUCACAGCCUAUGGUUUCUACAAUGCUUUUACUACUUGGUUUCGUCUACGACAAUUUUGACGUGGAUUAUAUGCAAAAUGGUUUGUUGUCACCAGUUGUUCUGUGGUUAGAUUUGCACGACAAGGGUAUGAGAGCGUUAAAGAGGCGCAAUGUGCUAAAAGCAGUGUCACCACAAUUGAAAUGGUCUUAUCAUGCGGAAGAGGAAAGAUUAAGCACAGGAAGAGGUCAUAAGAAAUGGCAGCCUUAUCCGCCAGUGAACCAGAUCCAGUUGAACAAAGCAUUUUUCUCAGGGAAAAACAACUGUAUAAUAAGAAUUCCAAGGAAAGAAAAGGACUUUACCGUGGAUUUUUCUCUCAUGAAACAAACAGAUGGGCUAGCAUGUAAUCAGGCGGUGUUCGCAGAAUUGCCGGAUGGAGUUGAGAUAGAUAUUGAAACACUUAUGAAAUCGGUUAGUAUUUACUUCACUUUUUCUGGAUCACAUACGAUUCUGGCUUUUGUCGCACGACUUACAAGAGAACCUAGCUGCGCUGCCAAUUUCAUUCAGCAAGGUGGUGUAGCAGCUCUUCUGCAGUUACGUUGUUCUACUACACCGUCUACCUCAGUUUUGACCUCUCUUAUAAUUAGGCAAUGUAUAGAUGAUGAAAACAUGAUGACACAGGUAAUGGAAAAAAGUAUCCGUGUUGUCACAAAUCCAGUGCAGUCUACGCCACUUUCUGAGUAUCUUGGAAUGUCGGAGAAUAAGCCGAAGGACUGGUGUGAAACGCUGAAUAAGCUUGCACCUCUAUCCACCAGGUAUACUUCAGUGUGUCAUAAGGUUUUGUUGCACUCAAAAUUUUUUUGUUUCACGAUGCAGGUUCGUUACCUAUUACUGUGUAUCGUUCAAAUGCUUCUUCGUGAAUGUCUUCAUGGUGAAUGUAGACAGUCUCGCUACAGCGACUCUAUACUAAGCUUGUUGGCUGAGUUAGUGAAGUCAUACCCUGGUGUAGCCUCACUAAUUUGUGAGGCGAAAGAUGAUGGACAGAGCGUGGUACACCAACUCAUUGAAUAUUUCAUCGACGGCAGUCAAGAAAAAGACACACUUGGGUCGUUAAAAACAUUAAUUUCAAUAUUGGCUGCUUGCAACCAUUCUCCUAAAGCUCAGGAAUCUCUUGUGUCUGAUAUGAAGGCGUCUCUUAUUUCUGUCGGAAACAGUUCACUAUCAUCGACAGCUAUUUGCAGCAAGGUAAAUGGGCUGAAAUUCGAUGACUUUCGAAGGGUUUCUUAUUUUCAAAAGGGCGAGCUGUGUUCAUUGCUGGUCAUGAUGUUGGAUUCCUGCCCAUCUUCUUCCACUUCACUAUCUCAUUCACACCAUCGUCAUUUGCUCGGAGGAGCCCCUAAUUCAAUAACGAAGUUGUUCCAUAAAAAACGGAUAUGCAACGAUCUUGUGAGAACAAUAACAUAUCUUCAGUUAUCACAGAAGGAGGCUAUCGAUACGGUUAAUACCGUACUGAAGACUCUUGAGACCUUAAUGAGGAGCACCAACUCCACAGGUUCGUCCACAAGUGCCACUCCAAUCACUCAUGGUGCUCGAAAUGUCGCGCGUGCUCAAGUAUAUGUGGUGCAUUUAAUUAAGGUAGAGGAUUCCAUGUCCUCUGGGGAAGAGGACAAUGAAGACCGAACUGUUGAGGAUGAAGGUGAUGACCGCGAGGAAGACGACACUAUGGAUGGAGAAGAUCAGGACGACGAGGAAGAAGAAGAUGAAGAAGACGGCCGUAGAGAAGGUGAAGUUCAAGCAACUGUAAGAGUGGACGCGGAAGAAAGUGGCGAAGACGGCGAAGAAGAGGAAGAAGACGACGAUGAGGAAAUGUACGAUUACCCAGAAGAGGAUGAGGAUGCGGUUUGUGUCACAAAUAUCGUAUGUCUACUUUUGUUGUUAACUGUAUUUUAUACGUUUAAGCUGCAUAAUAUGACAUUCGACCUGCUAGAUCGACCUGCGUUGUCUUCAUUUGGAUUUGAUGAUUUUAUUUUUGGUCCACCAAUUGGAAUCAACAGUUUUUUUUUAAGUCUCGAUAGCACUGAGCGCACCACGAUCGCAACAGAUGAACCAUCUGCUGGUACCGCUACAAACCUUGUUGCUUCCGAAAGCAAUGCAAUACCAGAGGAAUUUCGAGAUAUACUGGGUGAUAUCGAAAUACCUGAUGGUGUUGAUCCUGCUUUCCUCGCUGCUUUACCAGAGGAUAUGAGGGCUGAAGUGAUUCGUGACCAUCGCCGUCAGCAGCGAGCGCAACGCGCUGCCCAAUUGCCUGCGAUUAAAAACGGAGGCAGCUCUGGUGGUUCUGUUACUGUGCCAGCCAUCGAGCCCAUUGAUCAAGAUUUCCUCGCUGCUUUACCACCAGAAUUACAGGAGGAAAUACUAGCCCAACAUGAGCGAGCUGUUCGUGAAGCCGAAGAGGCGCUACGUCGGGCUAAUGCUCCAGUUCAGUCUGCUGCACCCGAACCAGAAAUGGACGGUGCUGCUGUUAUUGCUUCUCUUCCUGCCCAUGAAAGAACUCAGGUACUUGCUGAAAUGGACGAAUCAGAAUUACAGCGUCUACCGACUGAUAUGCAAGAUGAAGCACGUCGAGCUCGUGCUAAUUUAGAACCAAACAUUCUUCGGUUUCGCCACCUGCUAAUGCCUUCUUCAACACGGUCUCGACUUCGUUCCAAUGUAAACUUGACUGGUUUUGGCGGUGCGUUCGGUGGAGUGCGGGCAAAUGGCGGUCAUGGUAGCGCAAGUGGUGCACCUACAGUUGGGAGCCUUGCUGGGCAAGCGAACACGGCCAGUUCACAAUCACUGCAGCUUCUCGAUCGAGAUUCCAUACUUAUACUAACGAUGUUGUUCCUCGUUGACAAUCGACUAAGUAAUGGUCGCUUGCAAAAGGUUAUUCGUCUAGCAUGUUCACAUGCAAACACUUGUGACUUUGUCAUCUGGUGUCUAUUGGCACUUCUUGAGAAAGCGCAUGACGGUGCUAUUGAUGAAGAAGAGCUAAUAUCAGUGUGUCCUUCUUGGCUUGAUUCAGUUACAGUUUCUGGUGUUGGUCAUAAUGAGCGGGCUCUGAAAAUUGGUAAAAAUGCAUCGAGAGUUGCAAUUCAUCCAUUGCUGUCUCUUCCACUGUCUAAAAAUGUUCUCGACAGCCUUGCUAGCAUAGCAAAGACUUAUCCUGGACAUUUCCUCCCACCUAGUCUUCUGUCUGCGCGAGAUUCGACUCCUCCUCUUGAUGUUUUCUGGGAAUUAGUGCAGGUACUAUUUUCUCUUACGGCGAAGGAAUCUCGUGAAAGUGCGGAAAACAUAUCGCUUGAAAGUUCUCACGUAGGACGCUUAAUGCAGCACCUUAGCAAAGCCUUUGUUUCCAAAACUGGUGCCAUUCAAGAUCGUCUCUUGCGCGUGAUCAGCACGAUUGUUCAAACUUUACCAAAUGAAACGAUGACGUUAUUGGGUAAUCCUGAUUGUUGUCGUCCGCUAGAAAAUCAUCUGAAAGCCGUGGUUGAUGUUCUAAUGCACGGCUCUUGUAGCAAUGAAGGCCUUGCUGAUGGACGAACGUUGCUGGUUGAGUGUAUGCGUGCUCUUCCUCCUGCUAUAGCUGAUACGGUAUAUGAGCAGUUGUUCGCCUCAGUGGAAACUGUUGGUCUGGAACUCAAACCACAAAUUGAACGCCUCAUACAAGAGCUUGGUGAACCUGAUGUUCAAAUGGUGACUGAUGAUCUGCCUUCAACAAGUAAGGUUCUCUCGGUGGAAGCUGAUGCGGAAAUCGCAACUACAAGUGCAAGUGCUGUGGCUGACCCACGACAUCGUAUUGGCAGACUCGUCCUGGAUGCAGAAAAUGGCGGACGAUUUACUCUAAGCGCAAGUUCCUGCCCUGAACUUCAAUUACCAGCUGUUACAAUGCUAACGGACAAGUCUGGCGCACAACAUAAAUUAUUGUGUGCUUUGCAAACGCUGUCGAAGAUACGAGACACAAUGCGGCAGAUGAAGGAGGAACGACGUAAAAAAGCUGAAAGCGAGAACAAAAAAAAAGAAAUCGAUCCUGCUGCUACUGAAGGCUCUCCUGCGUCUGUGUCUGCUGUUGAGCAGUCUAUCUCAGCAGCACCUUCAACACCUACUCCUGAACAAGAAGACCAACCGCAGAAGUUGGUUGAAGAAAAAAGUAACGAAAAUGUGGUGCUAAGUCAUCGCUUGACCCGGCUUGAUGGUCUUUGGGAAGCUGUUUCAAUUUGUCUUCUUCGCCUCGGUAAAGCAUCAGAUCAUCAUGCAGUGCUUGCACUUCAACCUGCCGCUGAGGCAUUCUUCUUAGUUCAUGCUGUCCCUCGUCCUGCAUUUUCGUGUAGUGAUCAUUGUCACGAUGAUCCUGACACUUUAAAAAUGAUUGCGUUUGCCGAGAAACACCGUGAAGUACUAAACCAAGUACUGCGGCAAAAUAAUGCUGCACUCUCACCCGGUGGUCCUUUCGCUGCACUUAUUCAAUUCCCGAAACUGCUUGACUUUGAUGUGAAGCGGAAAUACUUUAGAAAGGAACUUGGAAAAAUGGAUGGAGAAAGAGGAUUUCGUCGAGCUGACGUGCAGGUUCAAGUGCGGCGAUCGCAAAUAUUUUCGGACUCCUUCCGUGAAUUGUACCGACUCCGUCCAAACGAGUGGAAGCAUCGUUUUUACAUUAUUUUCCAAGGUGAAGAAGGGCAAGAUGCUGGAGGUCUUCUUCGUGAAUGGUUCUCAGUAAUUACGCGCGAAAUUUUCAAUCCAAACUAUGCACUUUUUAUAACUGCGCCAGGGGACAUGGUCACCUACAUGAUCAACAAAGCAUCGUAUAUCAAUCCAGAACAUCUUGAUUACUUCAAGUUUGUGGGACGUUUAAUAGCGAAAGCGAUUUACGACAAUAAGCUACUUGACUGUUACUUCACUCGUGCAUUCUAUAAACAUAUCCUAAAUCUACCAGUGCGCUAUCAAGAUCUCGAAAGUGAAGAUCCCGCUUUUUACAAGUCUCUUGAGUUCUUGCUCAAUAAUCCUAUUGACGACCUUGGACUUGAUCUAAACUUUAGCCUUGAGGUGGAGGAAUUUGGCGUUCGCUCUAUUCGGGACGUGAAACCUGAUGGCAGAAAAAUUGAAGUAACCGAUGCGAAUAAGGAAGAAUAUGUGAAAUUGGUGUGCCAAAUGAAGAUGACAGGAUCAAUUCGUAAACAACUUGACGCCUUCUUAACUGGAUUCUAUGAAGUUAUUCCUAAGCAGCUUAUUAGCAUGUUCAACGAGCAGGAAUUAGAGUUGCUGAUUAGUGGCUUGCCAGAUGUCGAUAUUGACGACUUAGCGAACAAUACAGAAUACAAAAUGUAUACUAAAACUAGUGCUCAGAUUCAAUGGUUCUGGCGCGCACUUCGAUCUUUCGAGCCAGAGGAUCGAGCGAAAUUUUUGCAAUUUGUUACUGGUACGAGUAAAGUGCCCUUACAAGGAUUUUCAAGUUUAGAAGGAAUGAAUGGUAUCCAGAAAUUCAGUAUACAUAUGGAUUGCCGUGGAGGAGAUCGCCUUCCUGCUGCUCACACAUGUUUCAAUCAACUUGAUCUCCCCCAAUAUGAAUCAUAUGAAAAACUGCGUGAUUCAUUACUUAUGGCAGUUAGGGAGUGCAGUGAAGGUUUCGGUUUCGCUUAA